CCGACUCAGACUUUUCGACCUUGAACUUAGCAAGUUGUCAAGAUUUUAAUUUUACCUGUAUUUGUAAAUAUUCGUGAUGAAUCAAACAUUAGAACGCAUAUGAACCUGAUUUGCUAAUUUGACUGGCUGAUAAAACAUGACAAUAUGUUUGUGAGUAUUGUCAUGUCAGUAAAACAUUCAGAAUGAGCUGGUUUAAAAAGAGGUCUGAGUCUAAGAACUCAUCGGAUGCUAGCAGUAUAAACAGUGAAGGUCCAAUGGAGCGUCGUAGCCGACGUGACACAGAUCCAGCCACUUGCCUGGAGGUGUUCCAAAAUCACUGGGAGCAGGCUUACAGUAUAAUAAAUAGAGAUGUAGAGAAAGGUACAAAGUCAACAGAUGAUGAGAUUAAUACAGUUAGUCAUAACUUUGAGCAAAUGAUCACCUUACUUGCCCAGGAAGAUGGAGAAGAUGGUCAAGGUAUGCCAGGUGCUAUCCUGCAUUACCUGUUAGAACAUGAGAUAUUAGAAAAGUUCUGCGGAUGGUGUCAUGGAUACCAUGAUGAUGGUCGGAAACUUGUACAGGAACAACUUCGAAUGUUUGAACACUUGAUAAGCCAGUCCCACCAACUUCUUUUAAUUCAUAAACCUGUGAUAAGACCACUGUUAAACCUUCUGGCCUACUGUUCAGAUGACUGUACUGGUAACAUAGAAUCUAGUUUAGUGCUUGUUUUACACCAGCUGUGUGUGAGCAUAUCCAAGGAGACCGUUAUAUUGGAGAGUGUGUUCAACAUGAAUGCAGAUCAUGGCCCGACAAAGUUUCUUAUUUUCUCACUGCUCAUCCCAUACCUACAUAGAGAGGGAAAAGUUGGCCAACAGGCUAGAGAUGCUCUCUUACUGAUUAUGACGUUAUCCUCCAAACAUCCUUAUAUUGGAGAGUACAUUGCAGAGAACUCCGAUUUCUGUCCUGUGCUGGCCACAGGGCUAAGUGGCUUAUAUUCCGAUUUGCCUCGUAAAAUAAUUAUACCAUCAGAAGACUGGUGUCAAAUUACAGAUGAAGAUGUUCAUAAUAUUCCUGAAAUGGCCAUGUUUCUGAACUCCCUAGAAUUUUGUAAUGCUGUAGCUCAGGUAAAUUUCACUUUCAUUCAACCUGGAUAUAUAUACUUGUCCAUUGAUUUAGAUAAAACUUCAUUUUCUGUCUAUUAAUUUAGAUAAUUUUUCUUGUACACCUGUAAGUUGUAACAAGUUCCUUACUGAAUGUGUGUAUAAUAAUUACA